CAGGAAGUGACGUAGUUGCUGCGUAUGGCGAACGGUGCAGCACCAAAGAGGACUGUCAGCAUGCAGCAGAACCAGCAUUGCUCCAGUGCCAGCGUGCUACAGGACCAGCAUUACUCCAGUGCCAGCGUGCUACAGGACCAGCAUUGCAUGCAGCUCCUUGACCAGCUGAACAAGCAGAGAGAGAACGGCUUCCUAUGUGACUGCACAGUUGUCAUUGGUCAGCUGCAGUUCAAAGCUCACCGUAAUGUGCUUGCAGCGUUCAGUGGGUAUUUCAGAGCUGUGUACGCACUGGAGAGCCGUGUGGUAUUCCUGGAUCAGAGCCAGAUCAGCACCGAGGGGUUUCAUAAACUACUGGAUUUUAUAUACACUGGAAACAUUAAUAUUGAUGGAUAUAACGCUGCUGAAAUCCAUGUGGCUGCUAGUUACCUUCAGUUGGAGGAAGUAACUAGAAUCUGUAAAGCAAAGAGUGAGGCUCUUACUGUUAACUUGAGCCCCAUCUCUAAAGGAUAUUCUGACCUACAGAAGAAUGCUGAUCGAAGCAAUGACAAUACUUGCAUCUCCUCUUCAUUUGUAGAGAACGGUGUGUCCCUAGGACAACGGACCUCACCCAUCCAGGGAGAGCAGGGCACAACAGAUGGAAGUCAAAAUGUUAAUUGUUGUGAUAUGAGCUGGGAUCCCAAAGCGGAGUUCUACAUACAGUCAGAGAACAUGAAAACAAGAAAAAGAGGAGCAAGGAAAGCAAAAAAACAUGACCCAGAUUGGAACUCAGCAAGGGGAGAAAAUGAGGCCAAUCGAUCCAAGUGCAUAAGAGUUAAACGGAAACAUAAGUACUGUGUGAGAAAGGUGGAAGACAGUAAGGAGCAUGCCGGCAGGUUGCUGGUGUUACCUGAACCAGAGGUUCACGUAGACUUAGAGUCUGGCGUUGAUCCUGAAUCUGUCUUAUCCAAUGACUGUAAAAAUCUUUUAGCUGAGAAUACAACAGUUCAAAACACAAAUGGGAAACAGAAACGUAAUCAAUUACAGAGCAAUGGUCCAUUGCCAAAACAAUGCAAACUGAACUUAGAACCUCAAGAAAAUUGUCUUGAGAUGGAUGGGAAAGAGCUGAAAAUGAAGCCAAUCUGUAACAUUUGUGGAAAGAUGUUCUCUGAAGCUAGCAGCCUCCGACGACACAUGAGGAUUCACAAAGGACUAAAACCGUACAUUUGUCAUCUCUGUGGAAAAGCCUUUACUCAAUGCAAUCAGCUGAAAACACAUGUCAGGACCCACACAGGUGAGAAACCAUAUCAGUGCAAUAUGUGUGAUAAAAGUUUUGCUCAGAAAUGCCAGCUGGUGUUUCAUAGCCGCAUGCAUCAUGGGCAGGAGAAACCCUACACCUGUGAGGUCUGCGACUUGCAGUUUGCAACAUCUAGCAACCUGAAGAUCCACGCCAGAAAACACAGUGGAGAGAAGCCUUAUGUCUGUGACCGGUGUGGGCAGCGCUUUGCCCAGGCUAGCACACUAACCUACCACGUACGGCGUCACACCGGUGAGAAGCCGUACAUCUGUGACACCUGUGGAAAGGCAUUCGCUGUCUCCAGCUCACUCAUCACACACGCAAGGAAACACACAGGUGAGAAGCCAUACAACUGUGGCACCUGUGGUAAAAGUUUCAUCUCCUCAGGAGAACUGAACAAACACAAUCGAUCUCACACAGGUGAAAAGCCUUUUAUCUGUGAAUUAUGUGGGAACUCAUACACAGAUGUGAAGAAUUUAAAGAAGCACAAGAACAAAGUUCACACUGAAAGAAACACUGAGAACAACGUUGAUGACUGUGUGUUUGUGGACCAGGAUUCCCUGCAGAAACAGCGUAUAGCAGAGCCUGUGGAGCUGAAACCUCCCGGCCUCUCCCUCCCACUCCCUGUCCCUCUAGCCACCGAGGAGACUCAGAUGUUAUUGCCUCUGGCCGACGGCCAAUCACUGGCCACAGACCCAUUGCUGCGACCUCCUGUAACUGGUUACCCAGAAGCACAAUUCAUCUUUUUGCAGCAUCUUUACUGAUCAGAGGCACCAGAUCCUGACGAGGGGAGGUGCUGCUUAGGGGAGGGGUUUAAGGUAAGACAACUUUGACCUGAAAUAACUUACUUGAGCAAGCUUGAUGCUGGCAUUUAACAAUCUGAAAUAUAGAUGUAAAAUCUCCCCAGAACAAAAUAUUUUAUCUUGACUAUAAAAAAGACCCAAAACAGACAAUGGUUUUAUAUUUUUAAAAAUGCUGCUGUGAAAUUUUUUUUUUUCCCUGAGCUGAUUUACUAGGAUGGUGCUCAGGGAUCAUCUUGACAUGGAAAGGCAGCCAGUAUCAGGUUCCAAAGAAACCUGUUAUCUCAGCAGCAGUUUGGUCCAGAAAGUAUGUACUCAGAAAUGAACUGGUCCAAGAAGAGAGUCAUUGUAUUUGAACGGGUUAAAUAUGCUGUUGCCUUUCAGCCAGUUGUAAGUUAGUCCAGUCCAGCCUGUUAUAGUAUAUCUCAGUCUGGCCUGUUAUAAGUAUAUAUACCUCAACUAGUUUUGUAACUAGAAUUUCUGUAAAUAAAUUGAUUUACUAUU